UGUUCGUCGCCCGUUGCAACAGUGACCCCGCUGCUGUCACAGUUUCUCAACUGCCCCACCAAGCACACCAAACGGGUCCGUCCGCGCGACAACACCCAACACUCGCCCUUCCACACCGCAUACAUUCACUGCGGCUUAGUCAGACCCUUGUUGAUCUACCUCGCCUUAAACUUGCGAUUUUCUCCUGCGACUGCAUCGACUGUUUCAACCGUACUUCCACGCACCCCACACACCACCAAGCUCCCGUAGCCCGCAUAACCCCCCUCAGUAAACAUGUCCUGGCAAGCAUACGUCGACCAGAGCCUCGUUGGCACUGGCAACAUUGACAAGGCCGUCAUCUGCGAUGCCACCGGCCAAACCACCUGGGCCUCAUCCCCCGGCUUCUCCCUCACCGCCGCCGAAAUGGGCGCCAUCGCCACCUCGUUCAGCGACAAGAGCGAGCCCAAAGCCGUAAUCGCCAACGGCAUCAAGAUCAACGGCGAGAAGUACAUGACCAUCGAGGCCUCGGACGACUCGCUCAAGGCCAAGAAGGGCAAGGAGGGCAUCGUCGCCUACAAGACAACCCAGGCGCUCCUCAUCGCACACCACUCGGCCGAGGUGCAGACCACCAACGCCUUCAACAGCGUCGCCGAGCUGGGCGAGUACCUGAAAAAGGUCGGCUACUAAGCGCGGCGCGGUGCGCGGUGUGAGGCUUGUUUAUACGAUGGAUAUUUGCAUACAGCGCGGCGGACGUGAAGCGGCGCCGCCCGCGGCUUGGCGACGCUUGAGAUGGGAGGGGUGAGGAAGGAAUAGAUCAUGGCAAUGAGACACAUUACGCCUACAAUGAACGCUGUAGCGUGACCAUCAUGGUGGACACUGAAGAACGUGUUCUGGGAGAGACCUAUGCGAACCCAGAGGCCGGUGAUGACCCACUUACUUCGAGGCAGUGUGAACGACAUUCGACGAUUGAGCGAGCAGUG